AAUCAAUCAAGGGUCAAGGGGUUGAAGACCGGCUAUGGCUGUGGAAGGGCCUCCAGAUUGCAAGUGCUCCUAUUGCCAUCAGUACUUUGGAAAUAAAGGAGGACGUGUGAUGCACGAGCGUUGGUGUAGAGACCAACCGCAAGGGCAAGUGGUCAAGACAGAAGAUGAUGAUGACAAAGCGGUUCCCAAGCGUCCGAGAGCUGACGAGGUACCUCUGGCCCCCGCAGCAAAGAAAGGCAAGGUUGCCCAAGAAGAACGAGACCAGGACCAGGAACCCAUUGCUGAACCCAUGGCGGAUUCCCUGCCAAGCCCUAGUGGAGCGGGGAUUGGAGCUGAAACGCCAAGCCAGAGCAAAACGACAGAAAGACCCAAGGGAAGACCCAGGACGAAAAAAGAGAAAGAGAAAAGACCCAGGGGAAGACCGAGGAAAAAACAGGAGAAGCAGGCUGCUCCGGAUGAGGCCGAGGCCGAAGGACAAGACGAAGAAGAGGAAACCAAGGUACCCGAGUGCUGCAGCAGCAGCAUAGGAGGCUCCUGUCCGACAGUUUACAUUUCAGGAACCCAUCCACCACGAUGGCUGCUGCCUUCCGAUGCAAAGAUCUGCGGGAUGCCCAGAAAGAAAAAUGUCACAGCUGCAGCGGAAACCCACCAGACAACUACCGACGCAGCGAAUGUUGAGGGGCUUGUGGCUCCAGAAGCAUGGCCUGGUUUGGGAGAGCUGCCGCCUGACUUGCCAGCUGAUUUCAGGAGUUUGCUGGUGCUGGGACCUUCUGGCAGUGGCAAAUCAACUCUGCUGAAGGUGUUGCUAGAGAAGUUCUUCCCGGAUUACCAAGGGCCUUUGUAUCCCUGCGGACAAUGGCCGGAGGGGCGGGCGCUCAUUGAAAACUUUAACAGCGCAGAACAGGGGCGAGCCUGUCUAACCUCCGUUGGACUGAGCAGCGUUCCUUCAUGGUGCAAGCCAUACGAAGUGCUGUCUGUUGGGGAAAGGUACCGAGCGAAUUUGGCCCUGGCAUUGCAGCAAAGAGAAACUGACCCAGACAAGCCUUUGGUCUUCGAUGAAUGGACCAGCGAACUGGACAGAGACCUUGCAAAGGUGGUCUCCGUUGCAUUUUGCAAGCGAAUGCGACGGGAAUGGACAAUCGAAAUGCCAGAGACGCCAGAGGUGGAGAAAACGGAGUCAAAAGAAGAGAUCAAAGAAGAGAUCAAAGAAGAGGCAUGGCAGGUGAAAGAGGAGUUUCUUGAGCAAGCUUGGAGUUUAUUGAUGGACGAUCCUUGCGAUGUUGAGAUGCAGAAUGGAGCCCAAGAAGCAACAGAGGCUGAAGAGAAAGGUGAAGAUUGGGGUGAAGACUGGGGAGAAAUGGGCGAAGAAGAGACCUGUGAAGUUGACCCUUUGGUCGAGGAGAAUGAAAAAGAAGGAAACGAUGUGGCGGGCGAGAACCCGCUCGCCGAAGGAGGAAAGGAUGACACAAAGAAGCCCGAAGCCCCCAAGGUGCGUCCGGGAGGACCCUAUAUCUUCGCUUCUUGCCACGAGGACAUUUUGAACUAUUUGCAGCCGCAGUACGUCAUCUUUUGCGAAUCCGGGGCUCAGCCUCGCCUGAUCAAAAACCCAAACGAAGGAAAGCUGCUGUCGCUCUCCUCCCGAUUGGAAGGAGUAACAGAACCCAUUCGACACCAUUUGGUGGGCAGUUGGAUGCCGGGUAACAAGAUCUUCAAACCGUUCAUGGUUACUCACAAGGGCGCCGCUCAGCCAAACAUCUUCAAAGUCUGGUUCGAAGGUGGAGAGAGAAGUGACAAGCUGGAGAAAUCAGGUGAUUGGUAUACAGGCAAACUUGUGCCCAGUCAGAAAAGGAUUCGUUUCAAAGUGCUUGGCCCAAAACGCCUAGAGAUGCAGCGCGAAGAAGGUCAGUCCUUCGGGAAGAUUGUGAAGGCCACCCGACGGCGAAUGCUGGCUGCGCAUCAAGCAUUCGCUUUGGUCGAUGACUCUGACGCCUUUGUUCGUGAGAAGAAAAUGCUGAAUUAUUCUGACUGUGGACGAGAUCUUUUAGAUUCCAGUGGCUGGUUCUUACCCCCAGAGUGGGGAACAGAUGGCCUCUACAAGGGUUUGAGGCGACGUGGAAAUCCCAUAGUUGUCCGCACCAUGGAUUUUCGCUACAAUGCGAAACUGGAGCAGGUCGACGAUCGUCAGCGACAUUUGGCAACGUACGUGGGUGAAGUUGAUGGCACUUUGGGUGCGGCUUUGCAGAACGUCUCGAAGCUGCUGGACCUUCCCUUCAGUGGUUUAUGCACGCACCGCUUGGACACGCUGAAGUUCAAUGACUUUCAGCUGGGCGUCAUCACGGGUCCUUCUGGCAGUGGUAAGAGCACGUUGGCAAGGGACAAGUUUGGACCCAGCCCCAAAAUCUCCUGGCUGCCUGAUCAACCUGUGCUGGCACACUUUGCAUCCCUCGAGAUUGCAACCGAUCUACUUGGGGCAGCAUCUUUGGACUUGCACACGGCUAUGCGGCCCUACGACUCUCUGAGUGGUGGAGAACAGGCUCGCGCACACAUGGCCCGCGUCCUAGCCAUAGAAACAUCAUCGGUGCUCAUCCUGGAUGAGUUCACGUCCAUGGUGGACCGGCCAACGGCAAAACGCAUGGCCAAAGGCCUGCAGAAGUUGGUGAAGCAGGGGAUACUCACUACAAAGAUUGUCGUGGUCUCUUGUCACUCGGACUUUGUUGGACGGUCUCUUCUUGAACCCGACUGGCUCUUCGAGACGAAUAAUCACCGUCUUAUCCAUUUCGAAGGCGCUGAUCUCUCAAAAGCUCAAAAAGAGAAAGUGGAGCCACUUGAGCGGAAGUUGCAGGAGGCCACAGAGAAUGCCAUCAAGGCAGAAAAGGAAGUUGAGGCUUUCAAAGGUCACAUGCUCAAGCAUGCAGGUCAUUCUUUUUUCACGCCAGUCUACCGGAACGAAGUCGCAGCAUUUGCUGGUGCAUUGCAGGUCCUGAGCAGUCAAGAACUUGCAGCACAGAAGCGUGAAGUUGAAAAACUGGAAAGUGAGCUGACGCAGCUGCGGAUAGAGGUCACGAAGAUUCAGGAGCCGGAGGAGACAGAUGACGAGGCCGUGGAAGUGGCACCUUCUUCGUCCAUUCCGUUGGCACUCAGAAUUCCUGAAAUUCAGCUCCGGGUGCGACGUGCGCUGCCACGGGAGUGGGUCCAUUUCAGAGAGCACCACUACAAGGACAAGUCCUUGGGAAACAACUCGGUGGUAUUCGUUGGCGAAGUGGGCGGUGGCAGGGCCUGCUGCUUCUCUGCCUUCAUGCCCGAGUCAGCCAACUGGAUCCAGAAAGCUGUCAAGAAAGGCCUUCCCGGCUGGGAAAAGGUUGACUACCCAAGACCCUGGCUGGACCAGAGUCACCGUCGACUUUUCCGAGAGCAUCGGACAGUUGUCCUUCCGGAUUUUCAGGGCAUGGGCCUUGCCACUUUGAUGUGCGACUGCUUGGCAGUUGAGCUGCAGAGCAUGAACUUUGAUUAUACGUCACAGUCCGUCCAUCCCUUCUAUGGAUCUUACAGGGAUCGCAGUCCAUUUUGGCGGGCUUUGCCAACCAGCCGCAGCGAGAGCAGUGCGUUGAAAGGAAAUCUCAAAUAUUCCCAUGUUUUUAUUGGAGCAUUUCGUCCUGAUGGGACUCGAGAUGCAGAGCUCAACGCAAAGUUGAGGCAUCGAGUGAAGCUUUCAAAGAACCAAAGCUCGGUUCUGCUCCAGAAGGACAUCCCAGAGCUGUCCUAGCUCAGGUUCCUAUCUGAUUGUACUCAAGGGAUGCAAGAUCAAGACUGGGGUCCUCUUGCGAAGUUUGAUCAAGCUGUGCGCUUGCUUAACAAAA